AAAACAACAUCACCCAUGUCAACCAAUCAUAACUCGCUUUCCUGAUGAUGUCGUAAUUUGAUCAACCAAUCAUGGAUGACCAUCUCCUACAGAGUCUUGUAUGCAACUUUACCAGUAGUAAGACAAACAACGAUCAUCCAACAUGUCUCCCAGAGAUGUUGAGUUGCGUUCCGCAUGCGUACGUCGCGUUGGUUGCCAUAGUUAUGGGUAUAACGUAUUUCUGUCGAGAAAAAUCGAGCCACGUUACGCCGUGGUCGCACUACUCAGGGCAUACCUUACGCUGGAUGCUCUCUAUACUACUGCUACUGUGUUACAUGUGUGCUAUUGGCGCGGGCGCAAUUUCAGCGAACGACUCGAAACAGCCGUGGCCGUAUUUGUACUUACCGUCCAUCCUAGGAUUGGUCAGUACCCUCUUGUCGAUCAGCCUGUACAACGCGUGGGAGACCGGAAACUAUCGUGUUCCGUUGCUGACGCUGCUCGUGUAUUGGGCAGGCAUCGGGGGACUUCAGGGGUGGACGGUGUGGAGAAUGGUGCAUGCUGGGUUUGCCGGGGACACGUACGUUAGGUUCUAUGUCACCGUCGUGAUCGCUGCUGUGUACGCACUACUGAUGCUGAUAGAACUAUACCUACUGCUUACUAAGAGGUACUGCUGUGGAUCAUGUUGUGUAGUGCCCCCCUCCCACCCACCAAACGACCUUCAGGACGAGGAAAUGACCUUCUACCAACCGUUUGUCAAUCCUGUAUCCAUGGUAACCUACUGGUGGCUGAACGGUUUCCUCCAACUGGGCUACAAGCGACCUCUGGAGAUGAGCGACUUGGGAAAGUUACCCAAGGAGCAUCAUGCAGCAGUAAACCAUAAGCUACUGGGACAAGCAUUCAACAAACACAUGACCAAAUGGACCAGUGCCCAUCCUGCUAGAAGUCUGUGGGCAUCGUAUCUCACGGUAUAUGGGUGGAGAUUUUUCCUGGGCUGCCUGUUCCAGUUCGUUGGAUCGUCCCUUUCAUUUGUGGGACCCAUCUGUAUAGACCGAGUUGUGCAGUAUGUGGAACUCUCUCACAUACCACUGAACAAUUCAACAAUUACAGAGGAAGUGAGCUUGGUGACCUUUGACACAUUCAUCCAGAACGGCUUUGUCCUGACUGUUGUCCUGUUGAUUGCCUUGGUAACGAAGGCGUGUUGUUUACACAUGGCGUACUACAUCGUGAUGCGGGAGGGCAUCAACGCUAAAACUGGCUUACAGGCCAUGGUGUAUGAGAAGACCUUACGUCUGUCCUCGGCCGCCCUAACGGGAGGAACCAUGACGACAGGAGGGGUGAUCAACCACCUGUCCAUCGACGCAGGAAACAUCAUGGACUUCUUCUUCUACAUCUUCUACCUCUGGUCUGCACCAAUCACGCUGGUGGUUGCCAUGGUGUUGUUGUACCUGUCGCUAGGGGAGGCUGCCCUGGCGGGAGGGGGGCUGAUGAUCCUCCUGGCUCCUGUCCAGUGGUAUCUGGCCAUGAAGAUGGGCCGCCUACAGAAGGAGACUCUGGAACAAACAGACCAGAGAAUUAAGAAAUCCAAUGAGAUGCUACAGGCUAUGAAGCUGAUCAAACUGUACGCCUGGGAGGAUAUUUUCUCAGACAUGAUCAAAGGAGCCAGGAGAAAAGAGCUCCGAGUUCUGCUGAAGGGAUUUCUGUAUGGUGUCUGUGUCUUGUUCGUUACCAGAUGCACACCAAUCCUCUCGACCCUUCUGACAUUUAGCCUGUAUACUCUGAUCACUGGCCAACCACUGACUGCUGGGAAGGCGUUUUCCUCACUAGCUCUGUUCAACAUCUUGGAAGCCCCACUCUUCACAUUACCCAUGGUCACCAGGGUUGCAGUGAAUGCCAUAGUAAGCAACAGACGACUGGGAAAGUUCUUUGUUGCUCCUGAAGUGGACAGUACUGAUCUGGAACCAAGGGGAGGUUCACCGUACACUGUUAGGGAGACCAGUUUUGCAAACGAGUCUCUACCAUCAGAAGACCAAAGAAGCCAUCUUGUCAUCAAUGUCAGUCAGUUGGGAUCUGAGACUUUUGAGCUUAAUGACAACACUGCCAUUCAGGUUGAAGAAGGAACAUUUGCCUGGGAUCUGGAGUCUAAACAACCCAUCCUCACUAACCUCUACAUCAACAUACCCAGAGGUAAACUGACUUUCAUCGUUGGGUCAGUUGGUAGUGGGAAGUCGUCAUUACUGAAUGCCAUACUGGGAGAGAUGACAACUAUCACUGGAUCAGUCAGGUUUGCCAGUGCCCAUGACUCAGUAGCCUAUGCUGCCCAAAAACCUUGGUUACUGAAUGCAUCCCUGAAGGACAACAUUCUGUUUGGUUCACCGAUGGACAGGAGGAGAUAUUCAGCUGUGAUCUCAGCCUGCGCCCUUCAGCCUGACCUUGACAUCCUUCCAGCAGGGGAGGAGACUGAGAUUGGAGAAAAGGGCAUAAACCUAAGUGGUGGACAGAAGCAGAGAGUGAGUGUAGCCAGGGCCUUGUAUUCUACAGCUGACAUCGUCAUACUGGAUGACCCUCUGUCUGCCCUGGAUGUCCACGUGGGGACUCAGCUGUUUGAGGAGGGGAUUGUGGGAUUGCUGGCUGCAGAGGGCAGGACUGUGAUCCUGGUGACUCAUAAACUCCAGCUGCUUCCUCAGGCAGACCUGAUCCUAGUGAUGAAAGAGGGCCAGGUGGCCCAUCAGGGUACCCUGGAGGAGAUCUCUCAGGCCAGCCCACAUCUGUUUGAACAGUGGAGGGAGGAGUGGGAUGAGGAGGAGAAAGAAGAGGAAGAAGAAGAUGCAAAAAAAGAUGAAAAGAAAGAUGACAAGGAUGAGGAUGAAAAAGAAACAAGGGAUGGAAAACUGAUGACCAAGGAAGAACGGGAAAAGGGAAUGGUGAAGGUGAAGAUCUAUUUCACCUAUGCGUACGCCGGAGGGAUUGUACUGUUCAUCGCAUCUAUGCUGGCCCAAGUGGCUUUGAGGGGCUUUGGAGUUGCAAGGGACUUCUGGCUCUCUGAUUGGUCCUCAGCCUCCAGCAGUCAAAAUGGCAGCCAAUUAGAGAUAAGUUCUAUGUUUGGUGAAAUCGCGCAUCCUAAUGUCACAGAUGUGGAGUACUAUCUGAUUGGCUAUGCCAGUCUGUCAGGCGGAGUUAUUCUCAUGACGCUGAUUGGUGCUCUCCUGUUCCUGUCUGUGGGUUACCGAGCGGCUAAGAACCUUCACCAGGCCAUGUUGGAUAACAUCGUUAAAGCUCCUAUGAGGUUCUUUGACACCACUCCACUUGGCCGAAUCAUCAACAGAUUUUCCUCUGAUACACAGACUAUUGACCAGAAACUCCAGUCCAGUGUGAUGUCAGUAGUGUCCACCACCCUACAGUGUCUGGCUGCUGUAGUAGUUAAUGCUGUGGUCACACCGUGGUUCCUCAUACCAGCUCUGCCUGUCAUCGGGUUCUACUUCUUCAUGCAGAAGUACUUCCGAGCCUCCUCUAGAGAGUUGCAGAGACUAGAGAGCAUCAGUAAGUCACCAGUUCUGGCCAGUUUUACAGAAGUGUUGGGUGGACUAUCCACGGUGCGGUCCUACAAGGAGCAGGGUCGCUUCUCACAACAGUUCCACCAGAACCUGGACUCAACUGCCAGAACAUUCAUGUGGCUGAACACAGCAAAUAGAUGGCUGGGAGUCAGGCUGGACCUGAUAGGCAGUGUGAUAGUGUUUGCUGCUGCCCUGAGUUCUCUACUGGCAGCCAUUUUGGGAAAUCUGGCACCUGGGCUGGUAGGACUGUCUCUCACUUAUGCACUCAGUGUCUCGGGAUAUUUGAACUGGCUGGUGCGAAGUCUAGCUGAUGUAGAGAUGAAGAUGAAUUCUCUGGAGAGAGUCAAACAUUAUACAGAUGUCCAGAUAGAACCUCAGGAAGACACUACUGUGGCCCUGCCUCCAAAUUGGCCUUCUCGAGGUGAGGUGAGUGUGUCAGGGUUGUCCACUCGGUAUGAUACAGAUCUGGACCCUGUUCUUAUGGACGUGUCUGUGGUCUUCAAGGGGGGAGAAAAGGUUGGUAUCUGUGGCCGUACUGGCAGUGGGAAGUCCUCCCUCACCCUGUCCCUCUUCAGGAUGAUUGACAACUUCUCAGGCGAGAUUUACAUCGACGAUGUGGACAUCAGCAAGAUCAGCCUGCAGACACUGAGGUCCAAACUGUCCAUCAUUCCACAGGACCCGGUCUUGUUUGCUGGGACUAUAAGGUUCAACCUUGAUCCGCUGGAGUCCAGGUCAGACCAGGAAUUGUGGGAUGCCCUUGCAGCUGCCCAGCUGAAGGUCGUUGUGUCUGACCUGCCCGAGGGACUGGACAGUCUGGUGUCGGAGGGGGGAGAAAACUUCAGCGUGGGACAGAGACAGUUGUUCUGCUUGGCUCGUGCUUUCCUGAGGAAGACAAAGAUCCUGAUAAUGGACGAGGCCACAGCAUCUCUGGACCUGGAGACAGACAGUGUUCUGCAAUCUGCCGUAACAACUGCUUUUGCCGACAGGACAGUCAUCACAAUAGCACAUCGUUUGUCCACCAUCUUGGAUUAUGACCACAUCCUGGUUCUGAAGGACGGAAGGGUCGUGGAGAACGGGUCUCCUCAGGAACUUCUGUAUGAUACCAACAGUCUCUUCUCUGCACUUGUCAAGGGAAGCUGAACUGCUGUGUGAUACCAGCAGUCUCUUCUCUGCACUUGUCAAGGGAAGCUGAACAAAACUGGCUGGAUACUUCAAAAGAUAUU